UCUAUGUUUCGACGUACACUUCAAUCCCUAUUUAAUAAUAACCCAGAAGACAAUCCUAACAAUAACAACUCUUCCAAAGACAAAUAUAACCAACUUCGAACUCAAGUCCUUGAAGAGCUUGUUCAACGCCGUCUUCAAGAAACCCAAGCUAGAUUAGCAUCGUUCGAUUUUGCAUCUACUACUAUACCUCCACCUGACAUUACAUCUACCCAAGAAACUUUUCCUGACGUUGGAAAUAACGAGGAAGAAGAGUCUAAUACUACUUAUAAUUUCCCUGAAGAGCUGCAGCAAGUGACCGAGAGAUCUGAGGACCUAACUCCACAUUCUACAACUCGACUACUUACCUCUUUGAAUACCUUAUCCACAUGUCUACAAAGCCAGAAUAAUAAUAAUACAGGAGCCAACCUACCCAUAACUAUAUCUAGUUUCCACGGUCGUCCUAAUGAGAAUAUUAGAUAUGCUGGGAUGGGAUUUAAGGAAGCAGCCCAAGCAUGGUUGAUGAAUAAAUUAACUGCAAACGCUGACAUUGGUCAAUGGGCCAAUUGGAAUGCCUUCAAAGCAGACGAAUCUAAUAACCCUGAAAGUAAUAAUAACAUAGAAUUAAAUCAUGUUAGCCAUAGGGAAAGAUUAAUUAGAAUCAAAGGAAAAAUUAAUGGACACCCUGCUCAGAUAUUAAUCAAUAGUGGUGUAACGAAAAACUUUAUUGAUAGAGACUUUGCCUACAAGAAUCAACUCCAGAUUAACAACGAUAAAAAAAUUGCAGUAGAAUUAGCUAAUGGUAACAAAGAAUCUAUUGAACAAACAGUUACUAUGAGUGCAAGGAAUAAUGAAAGUAAUAGUGUUAAUACUAUUUAUAUUUCUCGACAACAACUUGCUAACAGUAAUAAGAAUAAAGAAUUAUUUGCUAUUUUUGUAUCUGAAGAAGUUAACACUGUACAAA